AUGUUGCUUCGGAAACAUGAGUACACAGUCUUACAGACAUCCAUUACUGGCGGAAUACUGGCGAACAUCUUGUUUUUACUAGGGGUCAGUAUUAUUGCAGGUUGUUGCCGUCACUAUCAAAAUCUCAACCGAACUGCAGCACACCUGGCUAGCAGUUUGCUAUUUCUUUCUGCAACCAGUCUGCUUAUUCCCACUGCGGCAAAACUAUUACAACAAUCGAAGGGAAGAGACCUCCUCAGACAGUCUAGAGGAGUAUCUAUCGUCCUAAUCGUAGUUUAUUUGUGCUUCGUGAUUUGUGAGCAGUGGACAAGUUACGGAGCAUUCGACGAGGGAUCAGACGGGGAAUCAGACGGGGAAUCAGACGGGGAAUCAGACGGGGAAUCAGACGGGGAAUCAGACGGGGAAGGAAAACCCCCAGCUGUUCGUCCUGUCAGUCAUAACAAAAAAAUCAAACAAGAGGCACCACCUGAAUCAAAGAAACAAGACAACUCAAAAAAUCAAGACAUUGAUCCUCAUCUUCAUCCUAUUACUGCAAUCUUGCUCCUCGCAUCUGGCACGGCACUCCUAUACUUCAACAUCGAAUAUGCAGUAGAAAGCCUAGAAACGGUUAACAAAUCACUCAACCUGACAAAAGCAUUUAUAGGUCUCAUUAUCUUCCCGUUGGCAAAUUGCGACUACGCCCCUUUCAUGUUAGCAUACAAGGGCCACUUGAGCCAGACAGUGACGCAAACGGUUGGAAAGAGCAUCCAAACUGCAUUAUUCGUGAUGCCUUGCAUUGUUGUUAUCGCUUGGAUAUGGCAAUUAAGCGAGGUGACCUUGGUCUUUGACGGGUUCGAGGUUGUGAGCCUCUUCGUCGCAGUGCUUCUACUAAAUGUGCUGAUGAUAGAUGGAAGAUUUCAUUGGUAA